AAUAAAAUAAAACAAAAAAUACAAAAAAAUACAAAUAAAAAAAACCAAUAAGCCAACGCGUCAUCGAAUCCAAUAUCGUAUUUAUUACCCUCAAGGCAACAGCGAGACGGCUUCAUCACGGAGUCCUUAGAUUUUUUUUCCACGGAGGACGACGAUCUCGAGAUGGAUAUACUACCGAGCGGGACUAUAUUCAACGAACUGGAGCGCAUCUGCACAACGGGCUAUUUCUCAUCACAGCCAUCGAUCGAGGAUCAAUGGCAACAGACCUGCUAUGAACUGGAACGAUAUUUGCGCGACGAGCCCAAGCUGCAGAGCUAUAAGAAGAUGCACACGGAUUUGGAUACCGCCUGGGAUAUAUUCUCAACGCCGGCCCGUCUGCUGGAGGAGCUGAAAAUCAAAGAGAGUCUGGACUCGAUAUCGACGACCUCGUCGGUGUCGUCGAAUUGCUCGCGCAUAUCAUGGGACAGCAAUGGUUCGCAGGCGCUCAGCUGUGCGGUGUUGGUGAAGCAGGAACGCAUCGACGAGGAUGAGGAGGAUGCAGCACAUGGAUUAUCCUGUGAUGACAAGUUGGGCGCGUUAUUUGCACCGCCGCCGUCAGCCAUAUCGCCCAAUCCGAGCAUCAGCAGCGCCGGCAACAUGACGCCCACCAGCAACAGUAGCAGCAACUGCACCAGCAGCAGCAUCAACAGCAGCUGCAGCGGCAGCAGCAACAGCAGCGUAAACGUCAGCAGCAACAGCAGCAGCCUCAGCAGUUGCAACACUAUAACGCUGAGCUCGAGCAGCAGCAAUGCGCCAGCUAUUAAGGUGCGUGUGCUGCAGGCAAAGGCGCAGCGACAUUAUCAUUUGAAUCUGGGCCAGGGUCAGGGUCAGGGCCAUGUGCAUGACUUUGUGAUUCCGCCGUUGACGCCGCCAUCAUCACCCGAGUCAAGCCUACGGAGCCAUAACUAUGCACAGCCGCCACAACAUCAGCAACAACAACAACAGCAGCAGCAACAACAACAACAUCGGCCGCAGCAAAUUGAUGCAAGUGAGCUGGCGGCGCUGAUAAAGCAACAGCAGCGCCAGCAGCAGCAACGCCAGCAGCAGCAACAAACGCCAGCAGUGGCAACAGUAGCAACAGUAAAUUCCACACCCGCGACCGCCAUUCUGCACUUUGGCAGCCAAAGUUCCGUCGCCAAGAAUUCCUCACUGACGCAGGCCACAACGUUGCAGCUGCAACAGCAGCAGCAACAGUUGGCUGUGCAACACUUAAGCAUUUCGCCGCAGGCGCUUAAUAAAACCAGCGGCGGCAGCACCAACAGCUCGCCGGGCAACGUCAACAGCAACAACAGCAAUAACAACAACAACCACAACAAUAACAACAACAACAGCAGCAGCAGCUGCAGUGUUGAUCAGUCGUCGAGCAACCACAGCAACAUUCCUCGCAGCACCAUCGUGCGGCUAACCACAGCAAAUGGAACACCUGGAGCCGCUGGCAUCAGUCUGGCUCGUGUUAUACAAAUGCAAAACAAUGGCAAUGCUAAUGUUGCUGCUGUGCUCAGCGCCGCCGCCAACAACAACAACAGUAAUAACAGCAACAACAGCAACAGCCACAACAAUAAUAGCAGCACCAGCAACAACAGCAGCAGCACAUCAGCAAUGCAACAGCAAUCGGUCUCACAGACGCCACAAAUAGUCGCCGUGGUUACGUCAAACCCGGUGAAAUCCACAACUGCAUCUACCAAAAAUCAUCACCCGCGCCAGCAUCACAGCGAUCACAGUCCGGACUCGAAGCGACGGAUACACAAGUGCCAAUAUGCUGGCUGCAAAAAGGUCUACACGAAGAGUUCACAUCUAAAGGCGCACCAAAGAACCCACACAGGUGAGAAGCCGUACAAGUGCUCCUGGGAGGGCUGCGAAUGGCGUUUCGCUAGGAGCGAUGAGUUAACCCGCCACUAUCGCAAACACACUGGAGCCAAGCCCUUCAAGUGCCGCAACUGCGAUCGCUGCUUCUCGCGCUCCGAUCACCUGGCCCUUCACAUGAAACGCCAUAUGUGAGGUGAAAUCUAAAUCUAAUUCUAUAUCUGAAACAGAACAAUUGUUCAACUGUUCAACUGUUCAACUGGUUUAGAGCUAAUUCAACAAAAUUCACGCAUCAGACGAUAGCACAAGCAAUUUAGAAUUUGGUGGAAAAGUUUUCUGUUGCCUU